GCUCCUCAUCUCGAUUCGAUCUCCAUGCUUCACAUCACAGGAAGAGCGUAAGCAAGCCUCUUCUCUUCUCCCUUAAGCCUCCACACACUUCGUGCGGUCGGCCAUGUGGUCCUUGGAGCAGCCUGACAACAGCCAUAAGAACAAGAGCAGCACCAACGGAAACAGUAACGGUGGCAACAACAGGGUGCUGUCUUCCUCCUCCUCCUCCUCCAGGUCUUCCCCUUCCUCGAACGCUUCUAUCCUCAUCCCCCAGACACCGAGGAGGAGGACCAUGGAAGAGGUGUGGAAGGACAUCACCCUCAACACCUUCCACCAAGAGAGGCCGAUCACUCCUCUGGACCACCAUAUUUAUCACCAUCACCACCACGCGAACUCUUCGCCUUCCUUCAAGGGCAUGAUCCUGCAGGACUUUCUGACCGGGCCAUCGAACAGGCCCCUCCCCGUCUCGCAGACUGUCGUCGAGCAGCUGCCACUGCCACUGCCACCUCAUCCGUCUCCUGCCCUUCCCGAGACUGCCCUCAGCUUGAACUCGGGGUUGGAGUUCCAGUACCUGGGACCUGACGCCACCAAUUCCCACUCCAAUUCUAGCUCCAGUGGCCACAACGCCUCCUUCAUCUCCUCCGCGUUCUCCUCUGUCGCCGUCGGUCCACCAUCGCCCACCGGUCUCUUCUCAAUGUGCUCCAAGAAGCGGUUGCAAGAAAACCCCGCCAUCGGCGUCGAUCGUCACCACAAGCGAAUGAUCAAGAACCGGGAGUCUGCAGCCCGAUCACGCGCAAGGAAACAGGCGUAUACCAAUGAGCUAGAGCUGGAGGUCUCCCAUCUGAAGGAGGAGAACUCCAAGCUGAAGAAGCAAUACGAGGAGCUUCGUUCGGCAAUCGGAAACCCACUGCCCAAAAGAAACCCACUACGGAGGAGCACAACUGCACCAUUUUGAGAAAUGAGCCGGAGAAGGGGAACAUUUAGCUGCAGCUCUGAAUCCUCUUCCACACUCAUUCGACUGUUUCCAUCGUUGUUGUAUAUAUGCAUCUUGUUCUCCC